CGUCCCCGGCCCUCUCCUCUCCAGGAUCUCACAGCUUCAUUUCUCUGAAUUCCUUUAGUCAAAUAGAUUCUUCAUGUCUUCAGAAUGUUGUGCAGAUUGAGUUUUGCUUUCUCAUGAGAAUUUGUUACAGGGGCACCGGGAUCUGAAGCCUAGAGGUUCUGCAGAUCGACCAUAAACCCUCCGAGCUCUUGAGACGCAUCCAAGAUCAGCACAGAAGAAGAGAUGGCAGCAGCAGCAACCGAGAGCACGGCGCCGGGCUCCGAGAGGCUCAAGCGCCAUGAUUCGCUCUACGGCGACGCAGAGAAGGUCUCCAACGAGAAGUACCACGGCUCUGGGGGCAGCUGGGCGCGGACGCUGCAGCUGGCGUUCCAGAGCAUCGGCGUCGUGUACGGCGACAUCGGGACGUCGCCGCUGUACGUGUACUCGAGCACGUUCCCGGGCGGCAUCCGGCACCCGGAUGACCUCGUCGGCGUCCUCUCGCUCAUCCUCUACACCCUCAUCCUCAUCCCCAUGCUCAAGUACGUCUUCAUCGUCCUCCACGCCAACGACAACGGCGACGGAGGAACGUUCGCGCUGUACUCGCUGCUAUCGCGGUACGCCAAGAUCGGGAUGAUCCCGAACCAGCAGGCCGAGGACGCGAUGGUGUCCAACUACAGCAUCGAGGCGCCCAACUCGGGGAUGAGGAGGGCUCGGUGGUUGAGGGAGAAGCUCGAGUCCAGCAACGCGGCCAGGAUCGCGCUCUUCACCAUCACCAUCCUCGGCACGUCCAUGGUCAUGGGCGACGGAACCUUGACGCCGGCAAUCUCUGUGCUCUCGGCGGUGAGUGGGAUCAGGGAGAAAGCGCCCGACUUGACCCAAUCGCAAGUGGUGUGGAUCUCGGUGGCCAUCCUCUUCGUGCUCUUCUCGGUGCAGCGCUUCGGCACCGACAAGGUCGGCUACUCCUUCGCGCCCAUCAUCUCGGUGUGGUUCGUCCUCAUCGCCACCAUCGGGAUGUACAACCUCGCCGUGCAUGACGCCUCUAUUCUCCGGGCGUUCAACCCCAUGUACAUCGUCGACUACUUCAGGAGGAACGGGAAGGAGGCCUGGGUCUCGCUUGGGGGCGUCGUCCUCUGCAUUACAGGCACGGAGGCCAUGUUUGCAGACCUUGGCCACUUCAACAUCAGGGCCAUUCAGAUCAGCUUCACCUGUAUCGUCUUCCCCUCUGUGGCACUGUGCUACAUGGGUCAGGCGGCCUAUCUGCGCAAAUUUCCCGAAAACGUCAGCGAUACCUUCUACAAAUCCAUCCCAGCGCCGAUGUUCUGGCCGGUGUUCGUGGCGGCGAUCAUGGCGGCCAUCAUCGCGAGCCAGGCCAUGCUGUCGGGCGCGUUCGCAAUCCUGUCCAAGGCGCUGUCAAUGGGUUGCUUCCCGCGGGUGGAGGUGGUGCACACCUCCAGCAAGUACGAGGGCCAGGUGUACAUUCCCGAGGUGAACUUCCUGAUCGGCGCCGCUAGCGUCGCCGUCACGCUGGCGUUCCAGACGACGGCCAACAUCGGCAACGCGUACGGGAUAUGCGUGGUGACGGUGUUCUCUAUCACGACGCACUUGAUGGCGGUGGUGAUGCUUCUGGUGUGGCGGACGCACCCGGCCCUGGUGGCGGCGUUCUACGCGGCGUUUGGGUUCGCCGAGUUCCUGUACCUGUCGUCCAUCCUGUCCAAGUUCGCCGAGGGCGGGUACCUGCCCUUCUGCUUCUCUCUGGUGCUCAUGGCGCUCAUGGCGGCCUGGCACUACGUCCACGUGCGGCGGUACUGGUACGAGCUGGACCGCGCCGUGCCGGCGUCCGAUCUGGCGGCGAUGCUGGCGCGGCGCGACGUGCGGCGGGUGCCCGGCGUGGGCCUGCUCUACUCGGAGCUCGUGCAGGGGAUCCCGCCCGUGUUCCCGAGACUGGUCGAAAAGAUCCCCUCCGUGCACGCCGUCCUCGUGUUCAUGUCCAUCAAGCACCUCCCCAUCCCGCGAGUGGCGCCGCCGGAGCGGUUCAUCUUCCGCCGCGUCGGCCCCGUGAGCCACCGCGUGUUCCGCUGCGUGGCGCGGUACGGCUACACGGACCCGCUGGAGGGGCACAGGGAGUUCGCCGCCUUCCUCCUCGACCGCCUCAAGAUGUUCGUCCAGGAGGAGGUCGCCUUCGCCGCCCGCCGCCCGAGCGGCGACGAGGACGACGACCAUGACGAUGCCAUCGACUGCGACAACGGCACAGACAGCGACGCGGCGCGCGCGCAGACGGCGGCGGUGGAGGAGGAGCAGCGGUUCAUCGACGCGGAGGCGGAGCGCGGGGUGGUGUACCUGAUGGGAGAGGCGACGGUGACGGCGGCCGCGGGGUCGUCGCUGGUGAAGCGGGUGGUGGUGAACUACUUGUACGGCUUCCUGAGGAAGAACCACCGGGAGAGCCACAAGGCGCUGUCCAUCCCCAAGGACCAGCUGCUCAGGGUCGGCAUCACCUACGAGAUAUAAUCAUACCCGCAGGCCACAGCUGCUUCCACUUCUCUUCUUCCUAGGGCUUGUUUUCAUGUGCUCCUUGAUGUUCUAAUGGUGUCCUUUAGUAAAUGGAGUGGCAGUAAAUUAACCUGCGCACUUGCAUGGUUGCAUGGACUAAUGGACUCUACUUGCAUCAUUGCAUGGGCAGUAAGAGAGCUCAAAUCUCUGUUCUAAAUUGCACCAUUCCAUCUUUCAUGCACCAACCGGCCAUUCACAAGCCAUCGAGAAAAGUGCAUGGACAGCACAGAGAAUAUUAC